GCACGGUUGUGACGCAUUUCCGCUCUUCCUGAGCUUGGUGGUUGUCAUGUCGGUACAGGAGCUGCAGGAGCAUUUUCGUGGGAAUAGUAAAACCCGAGAGUUCCCGGCACACAGCGCUAAAGUCCACUCGGUGGCCUGGAGCUGCGAUGGACGGCGACUGGCCUCGGGCUCUUUCGAUAAGACAGCCAGCGUGUUCGUGCUAGAGAAAGACCGUCUGGUAAAAGAGAAUAACUAUCGGGGGCACAGUGACAGCGUGGACCAACUCUGCUGGCAUCCCACCAACCCAGAUCUCUUUGUCACCGCAUCUGGAGACAAGACAAUUCGUAUAUGGGACGUGAGGACUGCAAAGUGUGUAUCCACGGUCAGCACUAAGGGAGAAAAUAUAAACAUCUGCUGGAGCCCAGAUGGUCAAACAAUUGCAGUGGGAAACAAAGACGAUGUAAUCACCUUCAUAAAUGCAAAAGACUAUCGUUUCAAGGCAGAAGAGCAAUUCAAGUUUGAAGUAAAUGAAAUCUCCUGGAACAAUGACAACAAUAUGUUCUUUCUGACAAAUGGAAACGGAUGCAUCAACAUUCUGAGUUACCCGGAGCUCAAGCCAGUGCAGUCUAUCAACGCACAUCCCUCCAACUGCAUUUGCAUAAAGUUUGAUCCCACAGGGAAAUAUUUUGCAACAGGUAGCGCCGAUGCCCUUGUCAGCCUUUGGGAUGUAGACGAGCUUGCGUGUGUCCGCUGCUUCUCCAGGUUGGAUUGGCCCGUGAGGACACUGAGCUUUAGCUAUGAUGGCAAAAUGCUGGCGUCUGCAUCAGAGGAUCAUUUCAUUGACGUUGCACAUGUCGAAACAGGUGAGAAACUGUGUGAAGUUCAGUGUGAAUCUCCUACCUUUACCGUGGCUUGGCACCCAAAGAGAUACCUCCUCGCUUUUGCCUGUGAUGACAAGGAUGGCAAAUAUGAUAACAGUCGGGAAGCAGGCACUGUGAAACUGUUUGGUCUUCCAAAUGAGUCUUGAAGGACACUGUGAAGAUUGGUACCUAAAAUGAAAGCCUCAUUGCAAUAAUGGACCUUGUGAAUUUGGGCAAUAUAUAAGAAAACAAACGAUGGUUGCUUGAAGCUGACACCCAGUACUUGCUGAAUGGAAAUGACUAGAACACUUGUGGCAAAAGUACAGUCUGUGGAACAUUAUGUUUAAGUUGUCAUGGUUUUUGGCUUUGGAAGCAAAAUAUUUUCUAUGGAGUAAACUUCUUUUUUAAUAAAACUGCUUUUAAAUUAAA